GGUCCAUCCCUGAAUCUGUUGUCUGUAUAUGGAACUAUGACCCGAGGACAGCGAUUUCUGGUUUGACUUUCCCUAAAAGUAUGAGUGCCAAGAAAAUGGUGGCGGAUUCUACACAGGCUGACCCAGACCCCCUUCCGGCCUCAUCUAAACGCAAGAAAAGUUCACAAAAGAAGAAAAAACACCAGUCCACUAAAAAGAAAAAGUCCAGUAAAAGUGAAGAAGAGGACUCAGAUUUGGACUUGGAUAAGGAACUGUUUUCCAUUGGAACCUAUCUCAACAACAGGCAGGAGAUGGUAGAGCAGAUGUUCCACAGCCUGAGAGGGCCCACACUAAAGAGACACAUCCCGGAUAUUCUAAAGGAGAUGACCAUUGAGGAACUGAAGGAGAAAUGUGUGGAACAAUUAGAAGUCAUGUCAGUAAAGAGAAUUAAAAGAAUACUAGCAGGGGAUGACCCUGCUAAUAUAUCUUCAUCUGGUACGGAAGAUGAAAACAGCUCUGAAGGAAAUAAUUACCAAGAUGAGGAAGCAGAGAAGACACCCCUAGGGACAGAAGAAAAUACAGCUGACGCCACAUCUCAGGCAUCCCCAGGGACCCCCGGUCUAGAGGAGGGGGAGGUGGACUUUGGAAACACAGAUGCUACAGACAGACAAACAGACGAGGAGGAGACACAAAGUGAUGUCAAGUCAGAGAGUGGAGGCAGUCCUACUGAGCAGGGGAGUGACAGAGAGGAGGGGGAGGAGGAGAGUGGGGAGUUAUCAGUGAACCAGAUGGAACUUCUAGAACUAGAGAUGAGAGCUAGAGCCAUCAAAGCCAUGCUGCUCGCCCAGGAACAAAGAGACAAACAGACCGACAAGGACUGAGCCAAGAGCAGUAACUCUUACUGACGAAAGGCUGAGUAAUGGGCAAUAACUCUCACACAGUCUCAUUCAAGACAAUCUGU